CCGUGCUACGGGAAGCGUUCUACAAACGCAUCUCAUCUGCAGUCGCAAGUGGCAUUCAUUACCCACUGGUUACGCACUCGGAACGAGUGAAGGUUCCGCUACGAUGUAUCUACUGCUGACGGGCGCCUAUCUGUUGCUUCUGGCUUCGACCGGGGAUGCAAGAUCUGGACCGCUGGGGAAGAAGCCGGAGGUGAUGGUCGUCAUGAUGCAACCGCCCGAGAGCAGUACGUACUCACCGAUGGCGGACUUUGGCCGGCUUGCCCAAGGUGCGACUGGGUUCUUGGGACAGUUCUGGAACACUGGAACGCGGCUGGGCGGAGAGUUGUCCCGGCGAACGUUUGAUUUCCUGAAAGUGAAGAAAUAAACAUCAAACAGCUCAGUAGCGAGACCACGGGAAACUAAUAUUUGCUGAGCAAUCCAACAUUUACUCUUGUGUGGUGGCAUUUUACUGCGUUCGACGAUUCUUUUAUGAUUGCAGGUUACGAAAGAACUCGUUUUCUCUCUCUUACUUAG